GAGGGAGAUUCGCAGGACAUAAAGAACGAGGAGCACGCCGCUUCUUUGUUCUUUACGAUGUUGCGAACGUUGUCGUCGUUUCUUGUUUCUUGCCCCCGAUUCGUGUUUUGAUGUCUUGUCCCGUUCUUGUUUCUUCAGGAAAGAAACGCAUGCCAUCGAAAGAUACACUGGCCGCCUCCGCCACCGCCACCGCCACCUCGGAUUCACCUCCCUUUCCCUUAGCCUGCCCCUCCUAGGAACGAACCCGAUUUCGUUUUUACCCGUCGUUUCCUCGCGCCAUUUUUCCGGGUAGAACCUGCUGGGGAUGAGGGUGGAGAAAUUUCUGCUGGGGGGUGUUCGGUUGCUGUGAAUUUUCUUCUUUUUUCCUCCUGAAAGAUUUGAUUUUUUCCCUUUUUCUUUUGUGUGGAUUGUGGAAGAUGGGAGCGUGUUGCAGCACGGACCACGACGUGGGUCGGGACUGGGUCGGGAUUGUGAACAUUGACGGAGAUGAUGAGAUUGAGGGUGAUGAUGAAGGAGGAGGAGGAGGAGGAGGAGGAGGAGGCGUGAGAGAAGGAGAUCUUGGGGCCCGGGUGAGGCUGAGGGGAUCUAACGAUUCUUGCUGUAUGUUCAGCAAGCGAGGAAAGAAAGGGAUCAAUCAAGACGCCAUGACCAUGUGGGAGGACUUUACUGGCGAAAAAGGUGCAUUCUUUUGCGGGGUGUUUGAUGGCCAUGGUCCCGCGGGUCAUAGAGUUGCACGACACGUGCGCGACAGUUUGCCUUCCAAGCUCUCUUCAGUGAUCCAAUCCUUGCAGAACAAGGGCAGCCAUCGCAAGGACCCUGAUCUCGUAGAUAAAGAUGAUGACGGCCAAGAAAAUGGGGAGAAAGAAAGAAGCGAAGAUGCAGGAGAUAGUUGGGAGGAUGAUUUUUGUCAUGACAUGCUUCUCUCUUCAUGGGAGGCUAGUUUCGUCAAGUCUUUCAAAGAAAUCGAUGACGAGCUAAGCUUUGACUCCUCCAUUGACAGCUUCUGCAGCGGCUCAACUGCAGUAACCAUGGUUAAGCAGGGAGAUCAUCUUAUUAUUGCCAAUUUGGGAGAUUCCCGAGCUGUUCUGUGCACGAGAGGCCAGAAAAAUCAGCUCGUUCCCAUCCAACUCACUGUCGAUCUGAAACCGAAUAUCAAAAGUGAAGCAGAGAGGAUCAAGAAAUGCAAAGGCAGAGUCUUUGCGAUGGAUGAAGAGCCGGAGGUGUUCAGAGUAUGGUUACCUGAGGAGAAUUGCCCCGGUCUUGCCAUGGCUCGGGCUUUCGGAGAUUUCUGCUUGAAAGAUUAUGGCCUGAUAUCCACCCCCGAAGUGUCCUAUAGAAAGCUUACACAAGAUGAUGAAUUCGUGGUUCUAGCCACUGAUGGGGUGUGGGAUGUGUUAAGCAAUGCAGAGGUCGUGAGGAUUGUUGCCUCCGCAAAGAAGAGAUCCGUGGCUGCUAAACUAUUGGUUGCUCACGCUGUUCUGGCAUGGAGGACCAAGUACCCAGGAUGUAAGAUCGACGACUGUGCGGUCGUGUGCUUGUUCUUCAAGAAUGAUCGACCUCCGUGCCAAUCCAUAGCCGACACUUCGGGUGGCAACCCGGUCCGGCAAGAGAAUGGAGUCGGUAAAAACUCCGGGUCCAAUGAAAGCGAGGCAAACCCGGACACCGUGCUUGCUGCAAUUGCAGAGGAGUCCUCUGUAGUCGACGAAGUGAGCAGGGUAGAUUCUCUCAUCAGAGUUGCUCGUAAAAGCGGUGAUUUGAGUCAGCGGAGGGCGGUUAAGGAGCCCGAACACGUUGAAGUCCAUUAGGUCUUGAUGUUUGUUCUCAUGGAAGCUUGAGAGGGUCGUCGAGUCCAUAACCGAAUGACGAAAUUGCUAGGUUUGUAAACACGUGCAGAAGCGAAAUCGUUUCGUCAUGCAGAAGAUCGAUGCGUUCUUCAUACAACAAGAGAACUCGAGGAGGUCAGGAAAAUCAGCUGCUUCAGAAAUGCACUAGUUUGGAAACUUUUAGGACAAUUACAACACAUCACAGGAUUUUUUAUUUGUUCUGUGCUUCUUCCAUGUUCUGGUUACGCUGUGACUCCAUGUUAAUGUCUGGUCUGAUGCUUCUGCUACUUUUGAAGACAGGAAUAGUGGCUGAUAAUUCAUGUUUCGCGUCGCGUCUGGAUCUCGUUGAACAUGUCCUAUUAGACAGGUUACACACGAAGACGCGUUCAUCGUGUAUAUUAAGUAUCUAUAGAUAAUCCAAGAUUGAAAGGUGUAUAUACCAUGUGCUUUAUGCCAGUGAAUCUAAAUAGAUUUCGAUGA